AUGGAGGCGUCAGAGGACUCUGAGCUCUGCUUCCCUCAGCUCCUCAACGCCUCCUGCGUGAGGCCGACGCGUCGUCACUAUGAGGCCACGCUGACCUACGUCCUGCUGUUCUCCGUGUCUCUGCUGACCUCCUCUCUCAAUCUGCUGGUCAUCAUCUCCAUCUCACACUUCAAGCAGCUCCACACCUCCACCAACCUCCUCCUCCUCUCUCUGGCCGUCUCUGACUUCUUCGUCGGCCUCCUCUUCUUGUUUCAGAUGGUGCUGAUAGACGGAUGCUGGUUCCUGGGGGACCUCAUGUGUUCUCUGUAUCAGUAUCUGGACUACGUUACUUCCUCCGCCUCUGCAGGAACCAUGGUUCUCAUCUCCAUCGAUCGCUACGUGGCUGUGUGUCAUCCUCUGCUUUACGCCACCAAAGUCACACCACACAGAGUCCACGUGUGUGUGUGUCUGUGUUGGAUCUGCUCUGUGAUCUUCCAGACUCUGGUUCUGAUGGACAACCUGCAUCAGCCAGGCAGGUUCAACUCCUGCGUCGGCGAGUGUGUGUUUGUCAUCAGUGUAAUUGCCGGAGUUGCAGAUGUGAUCUUUUCCUUCGUCGCUCCCAUCACCGUCAUCAUCGUUCUCUACAUCAGAGUGUUUGUUGUUGCUGUGACUCAGGCUCGAGCUCUGAGGUCUCACAUGGCAGCUGUUUCUGUCCAGCAUUCAGUGAGAGUCACAGCUCUGAGGUCUGAGCUGAAGGCAGCCAGGACGCUGGGUGUGGUCAUAGCUGUGUUCCUGAUGUGUCUCUGUCCUUAUUACUGUGUGGCUCUGAGCAGCCAGGACAACUCCAUGAACGCCUCCUCCGCUGCCUUCGUGAUAUGCUUGUACUACUUCAACUCUAGCCUCAACCCUGUGAUCUACGCUUUAUUUUACCCCUGGUUCAGAAAGUCCGUCAGACACAUUUUCACCAUGAGGCUGCUGCAGCAGGACUCAUGUGAGACCAACCUGAUGUAG